UAAUGAGAUUUUUACUAUAUUACAGGGGUCAAAAUGAGAUUUUUACUAUAUUACAGGAGACAAAACAAGUAUUAAGCCUUUCCCUUACCCUAUAUACGAUUAUAGUGCGAAUGGCAUAAAGCUUUUAGCUCUCCAGUUUCUACAUUCUCCAAUGGCCAAACGCAUGAUUUCACGUUCCCUUCUUUCUUCUGUCAAAAGCUCUUCCCCCCAAAAUUUUCCCUCACUUUUUCACCAUCCAAUCACUACUAAAAUCUCAUCUCUUAAACCCCUUUCGUUUUUCUCCUCAUUUUCCAGCUACCAUCAACCAACUCACACCACUUCCCCACCCCUUUUCAAACUAACCCACAAAGACUGGCUCUCCCCGACCGAAAUCCUCAAAAUCUUUGACAAUCUUAAAGAUCCAAACUCUCUCAUUUCAGUCCUAGCCCAAUACUCAGCUCGCAAGGAUUAUAAACCAACUGAACCUCUCUUCACUUUGCUCAUCAACAAGCUCGCAUAUGCCCAGGAUUUUGAUUCCAUUGAAAAUAUAAUGGAAAAGCUCAAACGUGAAAAAGCCUGUCGUUUAUCCGAUGAAUUCUUCCAGAAUGUGAUUAAAAAGUAUGGGCAUGUCGGAGGUCGAAUCAAAAGGGCAAUCGAGAUCCUUUUUAGCAUGCCAGAAUAUGGGACUUGGCCUAGUGUUAAAACCUUCAAUAUCGUAUUGAGCUUACUCGUAUCGAACAAACUCUUUGAUGUUGUUCACGAGGUUUAUGGAAAAGCUCCCAAUUUGGGUGUUGAAAUCGAAGCUUGUACUCUGAAUAUUCUCAUUAAAGGGUUGUGUGAAAAUGGGAAAUUAGAGUUUGCAUUCCAACUGCUCGAUGAAUUUCCUAAACAAAGGUGUAAGCCUAAUGUUAGAACUUAUUCUACUUUAAUGCACGGGUUGUGCGAUAAGGGGAAGGUUGAAGAAGCUUUUGAGUUGAUGGGGAGGAUGGAAACGGAAGGAAUCGAUGCUGAUGCUGUUAGCUUUAAUAUCUUGAUUUCAGGUCUUAGGAAACAAGGUAGGAUUGAUGAAGGUGUGAAGCUGUUGGAAAUUAUGAAAAAGAAAGGGUGUUAUCCCAAUGCUGGGUCUUAUCAAGAGGUAUUGUAUGGUUUGCUUGAUGCUGCGAGGUUUAUUGAAGCAAAGGAGAUUAUGGGGAGAAUGGUUUUCGAGAGGGUUAAUCCUAGUUUUGAUUCAUACAAGAAGUUGAUUCAUGGUUUUUGUAAGGGGAAGAUGGUAAAGGAAGUUGAUUGGGCUUUAAAACAAAUGGUACGCCAUGGUUUUGUUCCGAAAAUGGGAAUGUGGAUUCAGAUUGUUGACUGUGUUUUUGCAAGGAAUAAGAACAACAGUUGUGAUUUUAGUUUACUUGGUGAAAUCAUCAAUAGCUAGCAGCAAUGCGAUGUUAAAUCAGUUAUCUUGCGGGUUCAGCUUAUGUUACUUGAGCACGGAUAUGAAUAUAGGAUAAGAAUGUCAUAUCUUCAUACCAAUACAUGAAUAUGUGUUGAAUAUAAGUGUCAGGUAAUAAGAACAACACUAGUGAUUGCAGUUUACUUGGUGAAGUCGUCAAAAGCUAGCAGCAGAGAUAUAAAUAGCAAUAGCAACUUUACCCUGUUGCCAUCCCUAUGGUAUUAUUAAUUAAAUUGUUUUUCUAGACGAUAUUAGUAUACUCACUUAAUUCUGUUACUUGUUGAUAAUAUUGAUAGUACUUCAAUUAAUGAAUUGUUGGUAUAUCAGUAUUACUCUAUUAAUCUUCAGCUCCUUUCACGCACACAUGAAAUUGCAUAGACUAUAGCAAGAAAACCUUUUAAAUUUGCAUUUCUUUCCAUAACUUUACAUGGGCAGUAAACCAGAGACUGAAGAUCAGAUACGUCCACAAUGAUGAAUGCUGGUGAAGUGAUGUAUAAUUUCAACAGAAUAGAGGAAGAAAGGAACAGAGAGAAGAGAAAGAGAAUUGAGGAAGAAGAAAGAAUUGAUUUCCUUCACAAAAUGGCAUAUCUGCUCAUUUCCCAUGCCAGUUUCUAUUAUGGCUGAGAAUUGGCAGUUACAAAGUCUGUUAUAGGGCUGUUCCUCGAGCAGUUGUAACAAACCGUCAAUACGCACCAUUUUCAUUCAACAUCAAAACUUAUAAUUUCAUUAAACCCUCAGCCCUAAAACACAGUGUUCAACUAGCUUUAGCUAAGAUUUUUAUUUCAUAACAUGAAACUACUCAUAAUCAACUCAUGAUUGACCGCCAUCGACUCGUGGUCUUCCUAUCAUCUUCAUGCUUGACCAUUUACUCCUUGAGGAUGACGAGGUCUCACAAUCUCUCUCUUAAUAUAAAAAGCAGCCAAAAAACAAGAAAACCAUUUAAAAACGGAGAAAAAGAUAAUAGCAGAACUUUAUGCACUUUUAACACUAGCUGUUACCCAAUAUUUAGAGGUUCUCAAGAGGUUGAUGAAUUCCAGCUUGGCGCAACAUGGCAGACUUGGGCCUAUGUAUCUCAACAUUGAAAGACAAGGAUCAUUUCGGAUGUUUCCUAGUGGUGCUAGAUUCAAUGUCUUAGGUUGCAGUGAUUUUAAUCGUUUCAAGAUUUUCCUCUGAAAAUGGACUCAAUAAUGCUGCCAUGAUGGGCUAUGCCUUUGAUCCUAAUAAAAAUUAUGUUUUCGUGAUCGGGAAGUUGUCUGGUGGUGAACUUUGUUGUGUCAUCACUGAAAAUCUUGCAGAUGAUGGUCCUAGGAUGCGUGCUGAAGCCAUUGCAGAAAGGAUUUGUCAAGUGCUUGAACGUAACUGGAAUAUCUAAAUUGUUCACCUUGUUUGCUCAACAGCUAACAUUUUUUUCCUUUGAUUACCCAAAAUAGUCAUACUAACAAAUGUGGCUGUGAUUUUGUAUUGUAUUUUUUUAGUUUAUUAUCAUCAAGAUAUUGUUGGUAGAUAUCAGAAGCAAAGCAUGUGGAUGCAAAAUCUUGAAUCUAAA